AUGAAGGCGUUUCUGUUGACCAUCCUCCUGGUUGGGGUCGUGAGGAGUGAGAAACAUGAGGCAGAACCUACAGAAGAAUCCUUGAAACGAGGGCUGAGCCACAAAUGCGGCGCGCGGGAACCUUCCUCCUGCAUCGCUAUAGAGCUGGUUGGCUACGUCGACCGCAUGCUUCGGACGGCCUCCGUCCAGCUUAGCGAUGACGUCAUGAUUGUUGAUGAGAGCAACGGAGCAGCAGCUGAAGCACCAGUAAAGUCUGAGAGUCUCGCUCGCGCCGGCACCUCACUGGAAGACCAGGCUCAGCAGCUCAUCAUGGACAAACUGUGGAACUUCGCCACCACGCGGUCCCUCCGGUACAGGCUGCUGGAGAAUGCUGACCUCGUCGUGUCUGGGGCUCAAGAGAAGGACGGCAGCUUUGGAGUCGGAGUAGCCCUCAAAACCCCCAAGGUCUUCGAGAGCGGCCGCAGUCGCAACAAGAACAUGGGUCCCUUCCUCGCGGCCGCCGCCAUGAAGUUUGGUCUCCUGGGUGCACUGACCUUCAAGGGUCUGACCUUGAUGGUCGGGAAGGCCCUCCUGAUUUCCAAGAUCGCGCUGCUGCUGGCGACCAUUAUUGGGCUUAAGAAACUGUUCUCUCCUCAGACGAGAAGCGUUACUUACGAAAUCUUCACCGAUUCACACCACCACUGGAGGAGCUGGAAGCGCAGUUUAGACGAUAUAGUACAAACUUACGAGAAUAGCCAUAAUAUUACUAGGUUCUAA